AUGGAAGAAGCUGGACGCCAACUCAUGGUGAUGCUCUCUCCCGAAGAACUCGACAUGCUCAUUCAAGCGCGAGCGUCUAAAAUGGUGGAGCAACAGCAGAAGGCUCAAGCCGAGCGGAUAGCACAGCAGGCGACGUCAGCUUCGGGCGGCCGAGCGGCCCCUGAAGACCGACCGGAGCACCUUUCGAUAUGGGGGCAAAACAAAGGUCCGACCGGCACUCAAGUGGAAGCACCGUUCGCCCCGAUACCGUUCCAUCGGACUCUGUUCGAGACACCGUCAGAGGGCGCGCAGGCCAAUCUCGACCGGGGGUCUUCGUCCGACGAGGCACCUAUUUAUGACAUCCGGAAGGGCAAGGCACCUCGAAUGGAGUCAUCCCCCGAGCGGAUCAAUCGUCAAUUUUCUGAAGCCAUCCUGAGAGACCCACUACUGAGGCACUACACGGCCCCGACGAUCGGAGAGCUGAAGAACGCCGGAGCUACAUACCAAAGGCUAAUGAACAAAGUGUUCCGGGAGCAAAUCGGGCGCAACCUGGAGUGGGACGGGGAGUGUGAUCGGGCGUUUGAAGACUUGAAAGCCUAUCUGAAUUCGUUACCUGUACUGGCUAAGCCGAACAUAGGCGAGCCUCUCCGUAUAUACUUGUCAUCAACCGAGCAUGUUGUUGGCUCGGCGCUGGUGAAAGAGGACGGGGAAGAGCAGCCCGUGUAUUUCCUUAGCCACAUUUUAAAAGAUGCUGAGUCCCGCUAUACCGGUCUCGAGAAGCUCGCUUUCGCGUUGGUCUUGGCCGCACGGAGGCUCCGCCCUUAUUUCUUAGCACAUACGAUCAUCGUUAUGACGAACUGCCCGCUGGGAAGAGUGCUUCUAAAUCAAGAAGCAUUCGGGCGGCUCAUCAAGUGGACAACAGAGCUCAGUAAAUUUAACAUCCAAUAUCAAACCCACUCGACGAUUAAGUCGCAGUCCUUGGAGGAUUUCGUAACAGAGGUACAAAAUCCCGAACCUGAAGCUUUAUGGAAAGUAUUUGUAGACCGAUCAUCCACUCGACUUGGAAGCGGGAUUGGUAUCUUGCUACUUUCUCCUCAGGAAGAGCGGAUGCAUCUGUCUGUCCGAUUGGACUAUCGAGCAACAAAUAAUGAAGCAGAAUGUGAAGACCUCAUAGUUGGCUUGAAGGCUGCCCGGCAUGUGGGGGCCGACCGAGUAAUCCUUUACUCAGAUUCUCAGCUUGCCGCCCAGCAGCUCUCAGGCACUUUUGAGAUAAAUAAUGCAAGGCUCAAGCUUUACGCGGAAGCCUUCGAAAAGCUUAAACCCAACUUCAGGGAGGUAGUCAUACAGAAAAUACCCCGAACGGAGAACCAGGCUACGGACGAAUUAGCUAAACUUGCCAAUUCGAUAACACCGGUGGUGAUCCAGCAGCUGAUCGAGCAAGUAUCCUUGGUGGCUCAUAUCGACAAGAUGGAAAGACUCACGUUCCCAAGUGACUGGAGAACGGCCAUAGUCGAGUUCCUGCGAUCGGGAGUCACGCCAUCCAAUCGGGGCGAGGCCCAACUAUUAAGAAGAAGAGCCGGUCGGUUCACCCUUAUCGGGGAUCAACUCUACAAAAAGGCUUUUUCUCGACCGUUGCUGAAGUGCGUCAGCUCGGAAGACGCAAAGUACAUACUGGAGGAAGUGCACCAGGGGACUUGUGGGGGACACCCGGGCGGUCGAUCACUGGCGAGGAAGAUUCUGUUAGCCGGGUACUUUUGGCCCACCCUGCAUGAGGAUGCUGGGCGGACCGUCGCUGCUUGUUUGUCCUGCCAGAAGUACCACAGUUUCUCUCAUCGGCCAGUGGAGGAGAUGAAGACAUCCACAGUAUCCUGCCCGUUUGAUCAGUAG